CGUCCUGGGACGCGGGGCGCGCCUCCAGCCGGCGCCUGGGACGGGACCGGCCGCUCCGCCCCCUCGGCUCCUCCGCGGCUCCGCGGGGCGGGCAGCUGGCCGGGAGCAGAGCAGAGCCGCGCCGCGCACCCCGACGCGCCCGCCGUGCCCGCCGGCUGUAUGCUCCAGGCCUCAAUGAGGAGCCCAAACAUGGAGACGUUCAAGCAGCAGAAGGUGGAGGACUUCUACGACAUCGGAGAGGAGCUGGGCAGCGGCCAGUUUGCCAUUGUGAAGAAGUGCCGAGAGAAAAGCACGGGGUUGGAGUACGCGGCCAAAUUCAUCAAAAAGCGGCAGAGCCGGGCCAGCCGGCGGGGCGUGUGCCGGGAGGAGAUCGAGCGCGAGGUGAGCAUCCUGCGGCAGGUGCUGCACCCCAACGUCAUCACGCUGCACGACGUCUUCGAGAACCGCACCGACGUGGUGCUCAUCCUUGAGCUAGUGUCGGGAGGAGAGCUCUUCGACUUCCUGGCGCAGAAGGAGUCGCUGAGUGAGGAGGAGGCCACCAGCUUCAUCAAGCAGAUCCUGGACGGUGUGAACUACCUUCAUGCCAAGAAAAUUGCUCACUUUGAUCUCAAGCCAGAAAACAUUAUGUUGUUAGACAAGAAUAUUCCCAUUCCACACAUCAAGCUGAUUGACUUUGGCCUGGCUCAUGAAAUAGAAGAUGGAGUUGAAUUUAAGAACAUUUUUGGGACGCCAGAAUUUGUUGCUCCAGAAAUUGUGAACUACGAGCCCCUGGGACUGGAGGCUGACAUGUGGAGCAUCGGCGUCAUCACCUACAUCCUCCUAAGUGGAGCAUCCCCUUUCCUGGGAGACACGAAGCAGGAAACGCUAGCAAAUAUCACAGCAGUGAGUUAUGACUUUGACGAGGAAUUCUUCAGCCAGACCAGUGAGCUGGCCAAGGACUUCAUUCGGAAGCUUCUGGUUAAAGAGACCCGGAAACGGCUCACAAUCCAAGAGGCUCUCAGACACCCCUGGAUCACGUCCGAAGGAGAAGUCAGAGCCCCAGAACAGCAGAAGACAGAGCCCGCCCAGCUGAAGACCAAGCGCCUGAGAGAGUACACCCUCAAAUGCCACUCGAGCAUGCCCCCCAAUAACACCUACGUCAACUUCGAGCGUUUUGCCCGGGUAGUAGAGGACGUGGCUCAGGUCGACCAGGGAUGCCGUGCCCUGGCAGGGACCCACGACACCAUCCAGGAUGAUGUGGAGGCCCUGGUCUCCAUAUACAAUGAGAAGGAAGCUUGGUACCGAGAGGAGAGCGAGAGCGCCCGGCACGACCUAUCCCAGCUCAAGUACGAGUUCCGCAAAGUGAAGUCCUUGAAGAAGCUCCUGCGAGAAGACAUCCGGGCCACAGGGGCCGGCCUGGGACACGUGGCCAGGAAAUUGGACCAUCUGCAGACACAGUUUGAGGCUUUAAGGCAGGAGCUCGCAGCAGACCUACAGUGGCUCCAGGAACUGGUGGGCAGCUUCCAGCUGGAGGAUAGGAACACAGAUGGCCUGGGCUCCGUGUUCCACAGGGAUGCCAGGGAGUCCCUCGUGGAGCUGCUCGAGAGAUCAGCCAGCAAGGAUGUCUUGGCCGGCCUGAAGCUCUGAGUACCAGGUUCUAGUUAGUAACGCAUCCCGGAUGAUCUGCGGAACCAUGCUUCUGAGUGCCCUGCCAGGGCCUCGGCUGGAAUUAUCCUGCGGGGGGUGUGUCUGUAGCAGAGCCUUCCACCCCCUUCACAGAAUCCAGAAUCAGGAAGGUGCUAGCUCGUUAUUCAUUCUGCACCUCCUCUCACCAGCCUGGUUUUCUGGGAGGCUGGCUGGCAGAGCCGCUGGGCUGUUAGAACAAUUGCGAGUGAACACCCCUCCACACACCGUCUCUGGAGGGGGCAUGGCUGGCCCUGGGGAGAUGCUCGAUAAUUGAUUUGUGAUAAUGGAUUUGUUCACAUCUCAUUUCCCAUCUCUGUGCCUUAAGGACUGCAGAUCUUGGGUAAAUCUUUGCGUUAACUAGGCAUAACAAUAAGCCAGUGGGGUGCUUUCCUGCUACAGAAGGAGGGAUUUAAAAUGCACGGAGAAAAUAUUACCUUUUAUUUGCACUGACUUUUCACUUACGGAGCACUUAGGUCUUUGAUCUUUAAAAGAACUCUCUGAGCAGGAAGGUGGGUGGUAUUAUUCUUGUUGUUACUAUUAUUUCCAUGUAACUGUUGAGGAAAUUGAUAGAGAGAGGAAAAAUGACUUACUCAAAGUCUUUCAUAGCUGGUCGGUAUGGAUGGAAUAGAAACCAAGGAGGCCCGACCCCAGAUGAGGUCUCUGGGAAGAAAUAGACUUUGCUAUAAAUACCCACAUUCACGUUAGAGCUUAGCUCCAGAGGUAAAGUUAGCAACUCCAUCUAUUUCAUGUAUUCCACCAGGUGCAGGUAGAAUGCCCCAUACCCUUAGACGAUUGUCCCAAGAAGUGGGUCCUGGAGGGUGCAGUUCGUGGGUCCUAUCCAGCCAUGUCUCUGUCUGAAGAUCAGCAUGCAGACCUGGAGGCAAGGGGCAGCAUCUCCCCCUUCUCUCCCUUUCCCCUUUCAGGCUAAAGGCCCCAACCUUGUGUUAGGAAUGAAGACGGAAAGGAACUCAACAAGAAGGUCCUUUAUCUCAUGUACCUAGGGCAUUGGGGCCCUGAAAGGGCUGAGAAACUCUGUGAGAGUUUAAGAUUGAGAAGCAUAGGCUCAGUGGUCCCCUCUUGACCCCAAGCUCUGAGCACCCCUCCUUGAGGACUCUGUGAGGUCGUCUCUUUGGAGGGGCCAGUCAGCCAGCUCAUAUGGACGGACUGUGGUGGAGUGUGGGCCCGGCACUGGGCUAGAAGCUUGGGUGAGGGACCAGAUGGUAUCAUUUCAAAGUGACUUCACUGACUCACUAAACACCCUUGUCAGAUAGGCAGGGUGUUAUUCCCAAUUUGGAGAUGCAGAAACAGAGAGGUUGUGAUUUGCCCGAGGCCACAGUCGUGGUAAAAGUGGAGACCUUCUGAUGAUACGUGUGUUGCUCUUUCUGCUUCCCCUAACUGCCCCAGGCUCCAGGAGUUCACUCUCUGCUUAUAGGGCAGAGAUACCCCAACUUACCCAUCCAUCUAUGGACAAGUAAGGUUUGAGCCCCUGCCAACUGCCAGGCACUCGCGUUGGCCCUGGGGAUAUAAUGUCGAGUGAAAAGGCUCUCUCCUGCCUUCAUGGAGUUCACAGUGAGGUCCAACAUUAAUCAAGAACACUCUACAAGUGCCGAAGUGCAGGUGGGACACAUGCUGUGAAAGAGAAGUGUGUAGCGGGCAGUGGGGUUUGAUCUAGUCGGGGAAGGCCUCCCUGAGGUGGUGACCCUGGAGGCGAGGUCUGCUAAGCAAACCAGGGAGAAAGAAGUGUUCCCAACAGAGCCGUCAUGCCAGGGCUUGGUGGUGGAGGGGGCAUGGAAGCUGGAAGGGAGAGGAUAAGGAGGGUAUAUUGUGUAGAUGUGGCUGGAGAGGAGGCAUGACCAGUGGUACUUUGCCUUAUUAAAGGGCUCUACCUUCAUCCCAAGAGUCAGGGGGAGCCAUGAUGGAUGGCAGGCUAGUCAACAGCCUGCAGUGCUGGGUGGGGGAGGGGAUGGCCAGUGAACAGCACAGAUGGUGAGUAGAUUGGGAUGAGGCAUGAGAUUUGGACCCCACGCAACCACGUCUUCAGAGUCCUACCUCCUUUUCCAUUAUCAUGCUAGAUCAUUUCAAAUAUCUUAUAUAAUAUUUGUAACAGAAAUUCUUUCCAUCAAAUGCGUGCAACCAUGUUUUCAUCAAAUAUACGGUGCAUUGUUAUUUUACAUGCCAAAAUAAGGAAGAAAAAAGCCAAGUGCAAUAGGAGACCGCCUCCCCUCCCCCACAAAGCUGGGGCACGCUCCCUGAUAGGGCAAACAAGAAAUAAAGCUAUCAUGCAAAAAGGGAAAGCAAAGAAACAUGUGUGUUUCAUCAUAAAUGCUAGAUGGAGGGUGAAAAAUCCUCCCCUGAGAAGAGGAGCCCCAGGUGGGUGGUACUCACGCAGGUGUGCUUUCUGUAUUUGCACAAUCAGUGUGAUCUGAACGAACCUCAAGCAGAGAAUCUACUGUCACACGGUCUGAGGUUGGGUGGCCCCAAAUGUCUGGCAGAAGCAUGUGGUCAUCUGGAACACCCGCUUUCGCUUCAGACCCACAGUAAUGGUGUGAUGCCAUUGGUUAGAAGAGAAGUCCUGAUUUCAGGGAUCUAAAAACGUGCAUUUGGAAUCAGUGGAAGAUAGCAACGCCCUGUUUCCUGGGCCUUGCCUGGGAGCCUGGGUACAAGUGACCUGUCUACAGCCCAAGAACUUACUUGCCCCGUCGUGAGAUGUGAGGUACUCAUUUGCUGUAAGACACCGCAACUAUUGAAGGUCCCUGUGGCCAUGUCGAUAGACCUUGACCUCACACAACCAGGUUUCCGAAGGGAAGGAAGCCCCCAUUUGAGCAACUCAGGUUAGACUUUCUUGUGAAGGUCAAAAUAGUUGAGGAUGAUUUGAAUUAAGGAGACCGGGAACACGGAGGAAAAAGCAGUUAGUUCAGAACUGUGGCAUCGGCCACUCACUGUUCGUGCUGGGAGGUACUGAGAGGUGAACCACCAGACACCCUUGUUUUAUAGCAUUUGAUAUAUUUGACUCCUGGCCGGAGUCACCCAGCUGGUCAUCCCCAGAGCUGGGGUCAGAACCGUAAGUGGUUUUUCUCACAGUUGUGGAAUCAUCCUCUCUGUGUUCAUGUCUGGUCAUUGGUAACUAUUUAUUAUUUAGAUGUUUUAUCAGCAGACCCUUUUUUGUACCUAAGAGCUUCUGAACACAAAUCAAAAUGAACUGGGAAAUGCCCCCCAGGUCUUCCAGGGAAAUUAGAGGAGACUGUGACCUUCCUCUGUCACUUGGCCAGUCCAGUUCCUAUCACCUUUUGGCCUCAGAGCUUAAUGCCAAGGGGAGAGCCCAAGAAGGCCUGGGGAACGCCCAGCCGGAUUCCCCGCCACAUGCCCAUAGCUGGCAUUCUAACAGUGGAGUCAAGGGCAGGGCGGGGCUGACAGUGGCCGGAUGGGGUGUCAGAAGGGGAAUUUUUUUUGGUACCUAGAGGGAGGAAGGCCUGGGGGUUGCUGCUAGGCCAUAUCAACCAUAAAGGAGGGGUUGUCAUUCUUCAGGUAUUGAGAGGUUGGCUUCUGUGCUCUGUGCAAAUGCCACCCUGGGCUUUUAGGGAAGGGAGGCCGAGUGUGUGACAUCUCCCUGAUUGCAGACUCCCAAGGAAGCUGGAGAGUCGGCACCGGGGGGAGACAGUAGCCUGUCCCCGCUCUGACGCACAUGCAUGUGGCUCAUGAUAGCUCAGCUUCGCGUUAGGAAAGGUGGAGAUAGCACGGUAACCAGUGAUCCUGCAGCGGUGGGAGGCUGGCAGCGAAGGGACGGGGCAGAGUGACAAUGACAGGAGAAGCCCGGCUCCCCAGCGAGCCCCCUCCCCUCACUGCCCACCCCUACAGGUGAUUAUGAAGACAGUGGCCCCCCACCUCGCUCUGACACACACCACAGUGGGCUGGUGUGGGAGGUGGCUGUGUGCCCAGCCACCAACCCCACCAUCAGCCUCUGGAAAUGUCUGUGGCGCUGAAUGGCCUUUUCUCCUUUGUGAAACUCUUGGCCUGUGGAGAAGAUUCUUUGCUCUGUAGAGGAGACCCAGCAGUGGGCAUAUUUGGGGAGCAGAAGGGACCAGUUCAUUUGGACAAACACUGAUUGUGCUCUGGCUCGGGAGGGAGGUGACCGAUAAGGACAAGACAACCCCUGAAUAAUAGACUCCGUGUCUGGGACAGAUGGGAACCACCCCCCCCCAAACUGGGAGAUGGGAAAGGCCAUGCUGGGUGAUAAAAUAGAGGUACCCAAUAUUCUAGAAAACGGGAGAGAUGAAUUUGGACUGAGAAAGGUUCAGAGGGGCGGAGGGGGCAGAAACGUUCUCAGGGAGGGUUCCUCCCUCCAACAUCCCCUUCCCAAGCUGUAGCCUGUGGAGAAGGUGCCACGUAGAAUUUGGAGAGGUGGGCACAAGCCCAGAUUGGGGUGAGGAGCCUGGACCUGUUAAACGGAAAUAGAAGAGGAGAUUUACAGAGAUUUAACAGAGGGGGUGUUUUUGUUUUGAACUUUUUGCUAUGGGAAAUUUUCACAAGUAUCCGGAAUGGUAUAUGAUUUCCAUCUACCUCUUACCCAGCUGCAACAGUGAGCAAGUCAAGGUCCGUGAUCUCCCAUGCACCUGCACCACUGCUGUUUCUGGAAUAUUUUAAAGCAAACUUUAGACUUAUUUCACUCACAAAUUCUUCAGUGUGAAUUUCUAAGCACUUUCUUUUUAAUCCUGCUACUGUACCAUUAUCACAUCUGACAAAACCAAGAAUCAUUCCUUAAUAUCAUCUGGAUACAUAUUCCGGACUCCCAUGUCCCCACUUUUCUCCAGGAUGUCCUGUUGUGGGUGGUUUGUUCAAAUCAGGAUCUAAACACAGUCCACUCGUGGCAUUUAGUUGUGACGUCUCUCAGUUCUCCUGUCUUCCGUAACAGUACAGGAGGGAGAGCUUUGGAAGCUUUUCCUGGGGACAGAAAAUUGCUCAGAAAACUGAAGGCCCUGGAAAGAGGAUCAAAAGUGCUGAGACCUAACUCAGAAAAGUGAGCCCAGGUCAGUCAAGGAAAGGGGGCGUUUCUAUUCCUUUCCACUGGCUUCUUCUGUGUAAGGACAACCUGCAGAGACACAGUCUCUCCAUAGCUCUCCCCACCUGUGUAUAAGGAAGCACUCAGGCCCUCAUAAGCCUCAUGUGCUCCUUUCCUGGGAAGACUGGGAGGCGAGGCCAGCAGGGCCCAGGCUCCAGCCAGCAGAAGGGAGAGUUGAGAUGCCACCCAUAGGGUGACUGGAUUAAGGGAGAUUGGUGGGGCUGGAGACAGACAGACCUAGGCUGGAGAGGGAAGUGGGUGCUCAGGUGUCCCUGACUUUCUAAGGAGGAUGGGGCUGGAGAAAUGGCACAGAUGGUGGUUUGAAAAGUUGCAAUCUGUUUGCAGUUUCUAGAGGAGGCCUGGUAUUGAGAGAAAAUCUGGAGUGUCUCUUCUGCAGAGAGUUCCUUUUU